GGUGACUCUCCAUAUUAAUUCUGUGAUAUUUGUGGCGCAGCUGUCAUUUUGUUUAAAAAUUGAAUUAUUUUUCAAAUAAUUAUUUUUUUAAUAAUAAUUUUUUGAAGAACAACUUUAUUAAAUAUAUAAAAAUCUAGAACUUCAAUAAAGAGAAUAUGUUCAAUAGAAUGUUUGUCGUUCGAAUGUUGUAGGUAUCAUGGAACAACAAAGAACGUUCUGCCAUACCAAACUAAAUCUUUGUACAUUAAAAAGGUUAUAUAUAAACCAAAUAUUAUACCAUCAAUAUCAUCAAUAUUUGUAGAAUCUGGCUCUUUAGAUUCUUGGAAGAGGUGUUUAAAAACUUCAGGAAUAUUUCGAAAACAUUAAAAUCAUAAAAGUAAGAUAUUCCCUUACAUCUGCUCAAUAUAAUAUUGUCUUCAUAUAAAUGUGUGGUGUAAUUUUAUCCAAAUACUAGAAAAUAUAUCAGACGUUUCUAAAAAGAAUUAAUCUUCAGAUGGCAAUGAUAAAGAGCAUGAAGUGAAAAAUAAUUUAAAGAUGUGCAAUAUAGACGAAAUGUGCGACAUUAGUAGAUGCAAUGAAGAUAAUAACUCUUUUAAUGAGUACUAUAAAACUCUUGCCUUACAACAUAUUUAUAAACAUGAAGUUCAGGAGAAUCAGUUUUCUGAAUUGAAAUCAAAACUUCAACAGGAACAAGAUAAUUACAAUAAACAUAUGAACACAACUUAUAGUCUUCAAAAUGCAGGUAAAUUUUAUAAUUCAAUCGAAAAUCUGGCAUAUCAUCCUCCAACUGCUGCUUAUGGGGCCCAAACAGCAAUACAGAAAUUACCUAAGAAACCAACAAAGUCUCGUAAACAAGAAAUGAAAGUAAAAACACCUGAUCACUUGAGACCCUUUGAAUGCCCAUUUUGUAAAAAACGUUUCACCCAGAAGGGGAACAUGCAGACCCAUUCAAGGCUACAUACUGGAGAAAAACCAUUUCAGUGUUUGUUAUGUCCAGAAAAAUUUCCUCAACUAAGCAAUCUCAAUAAGCACAUUCUUAACCACACAAAUGACAAUUUGAAGUGCAAUGUUUGUUUUAAAGAUUUCAAUUCUCAAGAUGAAUUAAAGGAACAUAGAAAAACGCACAAAGCAGAUAAACAGUAUUUGUGUUAUUUUUGUUCAAAAAAAUUUAGCUAUAGAUGGAGUUUAGAUACUCAUGUACAACUGCAUCAUAAAGACCAAUCUGUAAAAAAGGAGCCUAUCGAGAAUAAUAUGUACAAAUGUCAAAUGUGUUUUUUGGAGUUCAGUCUCAAAACUGAUUUGGAGCAUCAUGAAAAGGGUCACGGUAACAAUCAGCAUUAUUGUUCUAAAUGCUCGAAAACUUUUAGAUGCUUAGGGCACCUCAAUAACCAUCUUAAAAAAUGUGAAAAACAGUUUUGUAAUAUAAAGGAAGAAGCAGGCAUGAAUUUUACUAUAAUUUGAUUUAGUACUACUAAAUGCUAAAAGUUGUGACAACUCUAGUAAUGGUAAAAUAUUUUGAGUUGGAUACUUGAGAUUAUUAUCUUAUCGAAAAAUCAGUUAUUGUAAUAAUUGUCUUUUGAAAUGAACAGGCUAGUAGCUUAUAUGAUAUGAUAGGUACAAAUGAGACUGGAAAACCACAAUCUUUGAUCCACUUCAAACCCAGAUGGUUCCAGUUUGUAUUUAUAUUGCAUUUUUAUGUGUAAGAAAGUAAUAAAAUAAAUUAUUAUUUAAAA